AUGAUUUCUUGUGCUGUUUGUGGUGCUCAAGUUAUCGAAAGUCAUUUCGGAGCCAUGGUUUGUCGUGCCUGUUCGGCAUUUUUCCGAAGAUAUGUUCUAUCAAAAAACAAAACUAUAUUAUGCGAGAAAAAUGAGAAUUGUGUCAUCAAUCGGAGUAGGUGAAUUUGAAAAAACAUGAUUCUUCAGAAAUAAUACAAAAACAUUUUAGAUAUCAAAAAAAUGUGUCGAUUUUGUCGAAUGGUAAAAUGUCUACAAGUUGGAAUGAUUCCGACAAGAAUAAAUGAACCAAUAAUUUCGAAAAGCACCGAUAAAAUAUUGGAAUUAUUGAAUAACUAUACACGUUUCCAAGAAGAAAGAUUUAUCGUUCAUGGACCAUCGGUUAGUUGGUUUUGCCAAACAUAAAAAUUACUUUGAGAUUUGUGUCAAAAAAAUUUUUUUUUGAAGGUUGAAAAAAUCAAUUUCUUGACUGCAUCUACAAUAAUGGAAGCAGAUUAUCGAUUAGCACGAAACCAUAUUGAAAGAUCAUCAAAAGAAUUUGUGAAAAUUCCGAAAAAGAAUCAAAAUGCGCUAUUCGAUCAUUACUAUACUGGUUGCAUUGUUGCAGAAGGUCUUUAUUUUGUUGUGAAUUCUGGAAGAACUGAUAGAUUUUGUGGACAAACUGGACGACAAACAUUACCAAUUGAACAGUAUUUUCUUGGCGAACAUAAAAAUACAAUUCUCACCGAUACUCAAAUUAAUGAUAUAUUUCAACCAUUUUGGAGAAGAGGGCUAAUUGAACUUGUCAAUCCAUUAAUUGAAUUAAAAUUAGAUUUAUUCGAAUACACAUCACUUUUUGUUUUGAUGUUAUUUGAUGGAAGUUCGAAAGGAAUCGACGAGGAAUGUGUUGAAAUAUGUUAUCAAAUCAGAAACAUUAUUUUUCGAGAGAUCAGUUCAUAUCACAAAGAGAUAGAUCAUCCUAGACCAUUUGAUCGGAUGGCUGAUAUAAUGCAUGCAUUGACAUUGAUGGAAAAAGGAAAACAAAUGUUGGCUGAUCAAUUUACACUUUGUUGUUUACAUAAAUUGGAUCACAAUGAACAAAUCUGUCUAAUUUUUAAAGAAACUUUGCAAUAA